GGGCGGCGCUGGGCUCGAGGCAGGGCGAGAACGAGCGGGGUGGGGGCGGGAGGAGGACGAGGGGGGGGAUGAGCUCUUGGUUCCCCCUGGCCAGAGAGCCGCUCUCCGCAGCUGCCUGUGAAUGAACUGAAGCGAGGCCGCCGGCCCGCCGGCCCAGCCCCGCCGCGGAUCCCUACCCCGGCCCCUCGGCGCGCAGAGCGCGGCCCUGCCCUCCCUCCGCUCCCCGGAGAGCCGGUGCCUUUGGCCGCCGCCGCGGGAACUGAAGGAACAAGUCAUCAUGGGAGCAUUUUUAGACAAGCCAAAGAUGGAGAAGCAUAAUGCCCAAGGGCAGGGUAAUGGGCUACGUUAUGGGCUAAGUAGUAUGCAAGGUUGGCGAGUUGAGAUGGAGGAUGCACAUACAGCUGUUAUUGGUUUGCCAAAUGGACUUGAUGGAUGGUCAUUUUUUGCGGUAUAUGAUGGGCAUGCUGGAUCCCAGGUUGCCAAAUACUGCUGUGAGCAUUUAUUAGAUCACAUCACAAGCAACCAGGAUUUUAAAGGGUCCGAUGGACCACCCUCUGUGGAAAGUGUAAAGAGUGGAAUCAGAACAGGUUUUCUGCAAAUUGAUGAACAUAUGAGAGUAAUCUCUGAGAAGAAACAUGGCGCAGAUAGAAGUGGGUCAACAGCGGUGGGUGUCAUGAUUUCUCCUCAACACACUUACUUCAUCAACUGUGGAGACUCAAGAGGUUUACUUUGUAGAAACAGGAAGGUUCACUUCUUCACACAAGAUCACAAACCAAGUAAUCCACUGGAGAAAGAGCGUAUACAGAAUGCAGGUGGUUCUGUAAUGAUUCAACGUGUGAAUGGCUCUCUUGCUGUGUCUAGAGCUCUUGGGGACUUUGAUUACAAAUGUGUCCAUGGGAAAGGCCCUACAGAGCAGCUUGUCUCACCUGAGCCUGAAGUUUAUGAAAUUGAGAGAUCAGAAGAAGAUGAUCAGUUUAUCAUACUGGCUUGUGAUGGUAUCUGGGAUGUUAUGGGAAAUGAAGAGCUCUGUGACUUUGUAAGAUCAAGACUUGAAGUCACUGAUGACCUUGAGAAAGUUUGCAAUGAGAUAGUCGACACCUGCUUGUACAAGGGAAGUCGAGACAACAUGAGUGUGAUUUUGAUCUGUUUUCCAAAUGCACCAAAGGUAUUGCCAGAGGCGGUGAAGAGAGAGGCAGAGUUGGACAAGUACCUGGAAAGCAGAGUAGAAGAGAUCAUAAAGAAGCAGGGUGAAGGAGUACCAGACUUAGUCCACGUGAUGCGUACGUUAGCAACUGAGAGCAUCCCAAACCUCCCGCCAGGGGGUGAAUUGGCAAGCAAACGGAGUGUGAUUGAAGCUGUUUAUAACAGACUGAACCCCUAUAGAAAUGAUGAUGCUGACUCUGCAUCAACUGAUGAUAUGUGGUAAAACUGCCCAUCUAGCUGUGGAAUUUACAUUCAUCCUCCAGUUGAAAGUGCGGCCCAACCUCAGUGACCCUUCUUAACGUCCAUCUUCAACCUUAUUUAAAGAAGGGAUUAUGAUGUGUUGGUGAGAGUGACUACACCAGAAAACUACAGCAGUACGACAUCUAGCCCAGGAACUGAUGUUUUUUUUGUAAAACAGACUUCUGUAAACGUGAUUUCAAACCAUAAUUCAUGUUGUAAAUCAGACUCCAGCAAUUUAUGUUGUAUGAUUUUUGUUUAUGUAAAGUGCAAUUGUCCUUGUACAAAAUGCUCAUAUUUAAUUAUGAACUGCUUUAAAUCACUAUAAAGGUUAGAAGAAAUGUUUGGCUUGUUGUGUGAUGCAACAAAUAUAUAGCCCUUUAAAUUUAUGUUGUGGUUUUGGAUUGCAAGGAGCAGCAGCCUAGCCAGCUAGAUGCUCAAGAGGUGCACAAAACUGUAAAAUUACUUUUUAUUUUAUAUAAAGCAGAACAUUCGGGCAAUUUAUCCCAACUGUAGUGUAUGAAUUUGCUUGGCAGUGGGAAAAAUAACUAACAUACUGCUCGUUCUCCAACAAACCUAUUUUUUAUGUUUUCUGUUGCUAUUUACUAUGGUCCCAGUCCUGCUGCCACUUGAAAUCAAUGAGGGUUUCAGCUGUGACUUCAAUGGAAGCAGGAUCAUGCUGUAUAAUACAGCGCAAUCAUAAGUAUACCAAUUUUGAGGUUAGAAUGCCUUGAUUCUUUGCACCUCUUUUUUACAAACCCUUAUCCUAAAUUACUAAUCAGUUGAGCAAGAGGGAGCAACUUUCUACAUACAGUAGGAGUCUGCAGCAUUUUUACUAUCCUGAUUGGCUGAGUCUGCUGCUGUUCCAAGUAAAAUAUUCUGAAUUCCAUUUUAUCAAUAAAGCUUGAUUUAACAAACAAGAAAUUUAAUCAUAUAUGUGUAAUUCCUCUUUUUUUUCCUGCCUUUUGAAAUUCUGUGCCAUUGUAAAUGAGAUUUCACAUGUGGAAAAAUAUUUUUAAAUAAUUGGUAGCCCAUUUUUAAAAUGGGGAGAACUUUGACCGUUGCCCAAGGCAUAGACAGACACUGGAGGAUGUAGUGGGUUUAAUCUGUUACUCUAUUUUACAUGGAUUUAUUUCAGGCUUUUUGUUUUUCACUGAGAUGAGCAUCAGUUUGAAUUUGCCUACUGUUUAAUGAAAAUACAUUUGUCAAAGCCUGACAAUCUUAACAUUUUAUGGUAUGUGUGUUUUUAAUUGACCCACUUAUUUAGAAUGAGAAACUAGUGGUUAAACAGUAUUUGUGAUUUGAAAUAUAGCAUGUUGACAAUAUGUAACUGUUGGUCAUUAAAAUUAAAUUCUAAUUUAAAAAUUUUAAGGGUAAUAAACAAACUAAAUUGACUUAAGCUUAACUUUCUCCCAUUGAACAUACAAAAAGUAAGUUUUCAAAUCAGUCGUGUUUGCAAAACUACUGUUUUGUGCACCUUGUAUUCUUGUCUUCUUAGGUUGAGGAUAUUGUGUUUGUUAUUAAUAUGUAGUUUACUUUAAUCAUUCAGUAGGCAGAGUCCCCAAAAGGAAAAUCAGUAAAAUAUAAGUAGCUUGUAACACUUACCACAACUAAACAAAAAAAUCAAAACUUGGUGUAAAAUUACUUUUUGAUAGGAAAAUGUAGUACAAUGCGUUUUGCUAUAUUUGUCUUUUCCCUAACUUUGAAAUAUACAUAUUUGUAUAUAUAGCCUUAAAACUAAUGCAGAGUUAGGGAACUUUGAACAGUGAAAAAGUAACUUAUAGUGUCUCAGAAUUAAGUAUAGUAUAUACCAGCAAAAUCUUUCUUUUAUCCCUCUUGUUUCUGUGGGGUGCUUAAACGUAACUUCAUUGUAUUUAGUUUGUAAUCUGUUCAAGCAUGAAUGAAGAAACCAUAAGCACUAUUUGUAUUUAUAAAUUUAUAGCAAUUUUUGGUUAAAGAACCAAUUCCUUACCUACCUACAAAUAAAUGCUUAAAAUGUCUAAUUUUGUUGUAGAGUGCAAAACUAUAAUAAUGUCAUAAGUUAUAGCUUCGCAAGCACCUAAUUAACAAAUGUAUUUAAUACUACACAGUAUGCUAGUACAGAAAGCUAAACUUAUUUUUAGGAUUAGGCAGAUAAAGUUCUGUUCUUUACUUUUCUACAUAGACUAAAGUUUAGUUCUCGAAACUGCAAAACCUUGAACUGGACUGUGGAAACUUUGAGACCUAAAAUCUUAAAAAAUCACAAGCAAAAUUGUGGUGGAAAGCCAUACUUCAAAUAUAAUCACUUAAAAUGUGUCAUAAUGACAUGCUGUGUACUAAAAGCAUUUUCAUCUGAGACCCUCUUCCUAAAAAUAUAAACAUAAUUCUUCUGCUAUUGCUACCAGUGCUGUAACUAGGUUUGGAGGUAAAGGAGGAAUGUCUAUUGCAAUCCUUCCUUUUUCUGCCUUACGUUCAGCACUUUUGUGUGGUCAGAGCACUGAGUCUAUUAUAUGUGCAUAAACACUGCCAUUCUAGGUACAGAUUUUGAUUACAAAAUACAUGUAUUAAGUACAUUAAAACAUUCUUGCAAAGGACUAGCUGGUCUUUUCAUGAAUCUGCAAAAAAAAAAAAAUCUUAAAAAGGCACUUUUGCACCUUUGUGCAUUUCCUUUUUGCACCAGUUAAACUUUUUUUUAAUGCUAAAAACAUUAGCACCUCAGGGGCAAGGCAGCAGAACUUUUGAAGUAUUGUGUGCUAUUUAUUUCCCUCGGGAAAAGAUUCCUGUGUGACACAAAUGCAAACAAUGUGCUGUUCAAAAAUGUAUUUUGAAUAGAUGUUCAAAUAGGAUGGUCCCAAUUUGCUUGUUUUUAAAAAGAAAUGACAUUUUGUAACGCUAUUUUGCUUCAUAUGCCAUGCAAGUUUCUGUGUUUUUCUUUAUAUUUGACAGCUUCACUGGUUUCAGUUUCUGUGAAUAUUGUUAUAGUCAGAUUAAAUGUUUCACUGAUCAUUUUGGGAAAAUAUUGUACUGCUUUAUAGAUAACACCGUUUCAAAUAAUCGUAAACUACUCUAGCUAAUUCAGCUUUGGGGAGGUAUUUUAUUCAAGGUAGAAUUUUAAAAUGUAUUAACUUUUAAAACCAGUGUCAAACUUAUUAAAUUCAAUUGCAUUUUUAAUAAAUGGGGCACUAGGUUUGCAAUUUACAGUGCCUGGGAGACUCCUGCAUUCAUACAGAGUCCUGAAAAGUCUGAGUGCAGGACUCUUGUCCUGCAUUGUAAAUUGAAAAUCUAGGUUCUUUACAGUUGGCUUGCUGUGGUGCUAGUCCAUCAGUAGCACUAUAGAGAGCUUGUCACUUUGCCAUCAUUCAAUUUCAUCCUUCGGCAGAAGUCAGAAUCAGAGAAAAGAAUUUCAUCUGCAUGUCUUUAUAGUGUGCUGAAUUGGGGUAAACCCAGGACAGGUGACCAUUACAGCAAGAUCUCUGAAGAAUAUUAACCAGUAGUUCAGUAACUACAACACUCCCUUGAUUAUUUUUCUAACCUACAGCACUUGUUAACAUCUUGUAGUUAUGGAUAUUGACUGACUUUUGAACAUCAGAACUAUCUACUGCAAAGUUAAUGCAUCCUCAAUUGCAUAGGUUAAAAUAUGAAUUAAAAAAUUUACUGGUCAUUUUGCUCAGUCCAAGAAUUUGAAAAUUCAUAAGGUAAUUCAACAAACUGAAAUAAGGAAUAUGGCAUUUAUUGCAAUUGUUAUUUUCCUUCUGCUAGUGCCAUCUUAACCUAAACUUUUGACUGUUAAUUAUGAAUAGGAUGGACAACAAGGCAACAUUUUGGCUGAACACCGCUGUUAAUCAUUUAAAAAAAAUAUUUUAGGGCUAAAUCCUUUGGCAGCUCCUUGUAAGGGAGUGUAACGGUCUUUGCAUAUUUCCUUAUGGAAUUGAUUUAAAAUAUAAGCAUUUUGCUUUAGUAUUAAACAUUCAUUUUUUGUUAAACAACUAUUGAAUAGAAGUUUCUUUAGCCUUACACGGGAGUGUCACACUAAAAAAAAUCAGAUUAUUUUGCUUCUGGUAGCUCUGUACAAACAUGAAGGCAUAAUUCCUCUCCUGAAGGGCUGAGAAGAUGGCUGCCACCAUCUUGCGACUCAGAAGUAUCAGUUGUAAUUGAACUUUAUUCCCAAAUAUAUCAGCAUUCAUUCAUGCUGACAAAUGCUUCUUACCUUAAGAACCUUUAGACUAACAUGUUUUUUUCAAAUUAGAUAACACUAUGUUCAAUUAGUUUGAUAUGUUUGAAUACUCUGAAUUGGUGUGGAAGUUUAAACCUUUAAUUUAGAGCAUGAUGUAUAAUAGGCAGCUGAGUAUUAUAAAACUUUUUACUAUAAAUAUUUGCUGAUUAGUUGCUUCAUGGGAAAUAGAAACUGGCAGCACAUUGUUUACUAUAUGUAGGUAAAGAGACCUGCAGUUGACAAAUUUAGUGUAAUGGAGUAGUCCAAUUUGCUGCCAGGCUUCACUUCAUUAGAUGUGAAAAUGAUGUUUUUAGCCUCCAUUGUAGCUCCUUGUUAGUGUCUGAAAGUACAUGUUCAUAAAUGAUUGUUUGGUCUUUAUACUGUUGGCUCAAAUUAGGUCACUUUUGAUUAGAUGGACUCUCAACACUUCAAAAAUAAAUUGGUGUUGUGAGAAAUGCUCAUACCGUGUGAAUUUUCUGAAUGCUGUGCUGAGCAAAAUGAAGGCCAUCUCUUAUGUGAACUGCAAAGCCAACAUGGAAAUUGAGUGAAGCUUAGAAGUAUGUUCUGACCAGACUACAGAAGAAUUCAACUCAGAAAUCAGACCUUGCAAUAAACUGCAUGAUUGGUCCCCUGAACUGAUAUGAACUGAAGUCAGUGGGUCUCUGUGGAGGCACAGGAAUAUACCUGCUGUGGUUCAUUGCAGGACUGCUUAAGUCUACUUAAAUGAAAUUGCUUUGCUAUAUUGUCAGUGCGCUGUGCCAUGGCAGUUGCUGUCAUAGCAACUCUUGUAAGAAGCCAUAGUAGUAAUUUUUU